AUUUUAAAUUAGAAUUGGGUAAAAGCGGACCUCUCAAUCUAUGCAUGUGCAAAACAUCUGUACCAUUAAUAUGUAUAGGAAUUUUAUUUGAAUAUGUAGGUUUUGACAUUGGCUAAUAGCACCUGUUAAAAUUUUACACAUUUUCUAAGGUUAUUACAGGGUAACGACUAAUGGCCGAUCAUGUUCACAAGAUCCCUUCCAUUCUUCACUUGUGCCCGGAUUACAUUGUGGUUGACAAGCCAUUUGACACGCCUAUCAACAGCGAGGACCCCCACAUGGUGUCUGUGGAAACGCUGUUGAGUAAAUACUAUCCACAUCUCAGGGACCCCAGUGUCAAACACGGAUUCAGGUUUCAGCACAGACUAGAUCUAGCUACUAGUGGACUGCUCUGUUUAUGUCGAACAAAGAAAUCGGCUGGUAAAAUGUUUCGGGAAUUCCAGAAAAGAUCUGUAUUGAAACAUUACAUUGCUUUGGUAUAUGGACAUUUAGAGAGUAAGACCCAGACAGUGGAAGUUGCUGUGGGUGAGGAUUCCUCUGUAAGGGACAUUCACAAGAUGUGUACGUCAGACUCGGAGAGCUGUAUCAAUCCGCGGGAAGCCAUUACUGAGAUAAUCGUUCUGGAGAAAGGAACAUACAACGACCAGCCAGCCACUAAGGUCCUACUUAGGCCCCACACGGGGGGGAACAACUUCACUGAAUCCGCACCGCGACCUCCCGUUCCAGGGGAGGAGAAUGAAAUAGUCUCCAAUGGUGGCAUGUCCACCCGGUCCAGUGAAUCAAUGAAGAGCCAUGUUUCUACCAAGUCCAGUAAAAGUCAAACGUCCAACAAGAGUACCACGUCAAAUCGGGACUUGACGGCGACACAUUCGCCGGCUGCCACACCUAGGCGAUCGGCAAAAGACAAAUCUCUGCUUCUAAGUGGUUGUGACACAGAGGAGGCCCCCUUGGGUUUCGAACCAGAAGGGAGUGACUCAAACUCUCCUCCCUUCCAUGAAAACAUGGAAAAUAGUUCAACGCCUCCAUUUAUGCGAUGGGCAGAGAACCUUACCUACCUACUGGAUGAUCGUGAUGGAUUAUCUUUGUUCACUACGUUCUUGGAUCAGGAAGGAUUUGGAAAGACCUAUGUAGAAUUCUAUUUUGCAUGUGAGGGCUUGAAGAAAAGUGAACCAAAGAAAGUUCAACAAAUUGUGAAAAUAAUCAAUCGGAAGUAUUUCAAAAGUGAUAAACUACCAUGUGUAUCAGAACAGACGAAAUGUGUAAUUCAGGAGAAAUUAAAGAAACAGACUGCGGACCGGACAAUUUUCGAUGGUGCCCAGUUAGAAGUCAGAAAUGAAAUGAGCUGUCAUAGCUACCCAUUAUUUAUAAAAAGUGACCUCUAUGUGCAAUAUAUUCAAAAGGGAGGGGACAGCCCCAAUAGUAACAGUUCUAGUGGCUCCAAUAGUGCUAGACCUAUGUCCAUGCCUUUGCCCACUCUACCUGAAGACAAGGUGUUAGCAGAUGUUUCCACUGACAAUGCAGCAACUUUAUGUGGCCCACCCUCCAGUUGCAAACGAUCCUCUAGUGCUAAAAGAACAUUAGAAACCUAUACUAGUACCAGUUUCCCUGCCCCUCCCCGGGUUCCUCCUCACCCCUACCAUGUGUCGUACGCCCCCACCUCCGAGCAGGAGAGUGAGAUCCAGAGCCUGUCCAGUGACGCCCUCACGGAGGACACCCUGUCCAUCACCGAUACCUCUAGCAUAGACAAUGAUUCCAAAAGAUGCAAGCGCCAAAGACGGUACAUGCGAAGAGAACACAUGAACCGAAAUCCAAUAGAAAUGAGCGUCAUUCCCAGAACAGAAAGGCUUCCCAAAGAUCGGAACUUGGCAGAAACAGACCCUCCCCGAUUUGCAGCAUUAAUUAUAGAGAAGUUAGAAAAACUCUUACAAGACCAUGAACGCAAUCGGCUCAUUGAGGAGUCGCUCAAUAGAGUGAUAUAUGACGAAAAGGACGGUGAGGAAGCUGACCGCUCUCUUUUGUCCACAUCCAUAGCCCAGAAAGAUUUGUCCUCUACCUCUCUCCUACCUCUCAUGACGUCCGCCGUGCUAGACGAGGACAAUCCCGACUCCAUUCUGGAGGAGCACUGUUCUCGGAUCUGGGAGAGCUCCGUGGGUCAGACCCCAAGCCGCUCCCCUGGGCGACACUCGCCGCCCAACGGGGAUCACAGGUCGCACGAUCGCAGCCGCAGCAAAAAUCAAUCCCAGCCAAGCUUGCCUUCACACAAACAGAUACACAGGAAACGGCCGGAUUUCUACUCGUCGUUUGAUAGUGGCAUGGGUGAAGACAAACCCGCGCUGGAGACGCAUCGACAUAUCCAUCAUCAUCACCACCACCAUCAUCCGUCAUCCAAAUCGCGGGCCUUCCCCGAGUAUGAUUCACAAAAACUGUACACAGGAUCGGACUUUGACAGAGGCCGAACCGCUAGGAAAUCGGGAAAGUGCAAACAUUCAGAUACAAGUUCUAAUAUAGACAGUGGAAUCAGUAUGAUUGAAUCUAUACCUCCAAUGCCAAAUCCAAAUGACCCGUCUACUGAAAAGGUGCUUAAUUGGAUGAUGGACAAUGCAAGAGAAAACUCCAACUCAGGCUGUGCUGACUCGGACAAGAGCUCAUCCCACAAGCAGCGGUCACGCCCCAACGCAUCAGCAUCAUCUUCAACCCCUGCGUACAAAUCUGGGUCAAAGAAACAGGGCCUUGGCACCAGCCGCUCAGGUUCUGUUGACCGCGGGGGAGGGAUACAGCCGUACUUGGGGGCAGGGGGAUUUAUGCCCUCCCAGCCUUUUGCAACGGAUCCUUCCAUGCCUCUACCCACCCCACCAAACACCACCGUACAAUUGGAGGAGGCUAAGAGGCGACUUGAAGAGCGUUCCAUCCCCACUCCUGUCAAAUCUAGAUCAUUUGGCGGUAUCACUACCAAAGAGAGCAAGAAAGUGGCAUCCGUAUCUCAAGGUGCCAUGAGGCCGGCUAUUCCCAGCACCAAGACUGUACCCUGUGAAUUAGACAUGUCCGGUGAUAGUAGCACAUUAGAGAAAAAGAGCAGUACUAAGAAAUCUGGUUCCUCCAGUGCCAACACCAGUGGUUCUGCGGAUGAGACCGUGAUUGGCUAUUACCUGUGUUCCGAGCCCAUUCCGUACCGCAUCACAGUACAGGGCAAGCAUAUCACUCUGGCUAUGUUCAAACAGCUGAUUGGUCGAAAAGGAAACUUCAAGUAUUUCUUCAAGAAGCGCAGUAACGAGUUUGAAAGCGAGGUUGUGUUUGAAGAGAUCAGCAAUGACGACGAAGUACUCCCAUUAUGGGAUGGCAAAAUUGUCGCAAAAGUCGAUAAGAUGGAUUAGGCACGGACUUUCUGAAUCUUCCAUUGGACCUACUGUGCAGAUGUGCACUCAAAUCAUUACACCAGGCAGUUUUAGUGCUAAUAUCAAGUGUUAAGUGCAGGGUAAUGAUUUGAAAAUAUUUUUAUCUUUUCUCUUUUUUAAUUUAUUUGCUGCAAUAAGAAUAAAUACUGUAUGUAUUUAGUCUUUGCAAAAUCUUAACACAUAUUGUCAGUCUUUUAAGUUAAGAUUUUUUUUUAAUUUCGUGUCACUCUUUUAAAAUUACUUUUAAAAAGAUAAACAAAUUAUGAGUGUUUCUUUUAAUUACAAAUUAAGAAAUUCUUUUGUGCCAAUAUUUGUAUAUUUUCGUGCAAGCUGAUGUCAAGAGAGUGUGACUGAAUGUGUAAUGCAUGUGAACAUGUAUGUAAAAAACAUGUAUAUAAGCCAAACUCAGGGGUAUUUUUUAUUUUUUGGGCAUGGAACAGAUCCAUGGACAAAAGCUACACAAUGUUCAGACUUAGGAAGGGGUUGUGUGCUCUUGUUUGCAGGGUACAUUGAACAAAAAAAUUUCGUGUUGCAAAUCUGGGUAAAGAAAUUGUAAGACAACAGACAUAUCUUUUUUAAAACAAUGUAUAUCUUAUUUAUUUGAUAUUUAAAUAUCAUUCAUUACAUUGCGUCUGACAGUAUUUUUAUUUUUCUUCAUGCAAGGAAUCUUUUAGCUUUCGCUUGACUUUCUCCAUUUUUGAGAACCUUUAUCAAUAGAAGAUUUCUUUCCUUGAAGACAUUUGAAUCCAAAAACCUUUUUUUCUGUGGCAGAGAAGUUUUCCAUUUUAACUUUCAGAUGACUUCUGUUUUAACUUUGUGAUUUUUUUACUGUUGAAAUAUUGAAAUUGUGUGUUUUAAAGAAUGAAAUUUUCCAGGAGAUUAAUGUAAGAUUAUUUUCAUAUGGAAAUCAUGUCAUAUCAUUUUUUUGUGAACAAAUGAGAAUCAAAUGUUUCAGGUUGAAGCUGAUGGUGAAAAAUUGAUUCUAUAUUUAUUAUUUGUAUGUUAAAUGUUUCAAAUGCAGGAUGUAUGUGAGCUUGAAUUUUCUGUGGUGUUUUAAGACCGAGGAGUAACUAUUGUUUUCUUUUACUUCUGUUUUUUUCCCCCUUUUAAAAACUGCUUGUAUUGUAAAACAACAAAAUUGUGCAUCUACUGGUCAAGGAGAUGUAGUCUGGAUCAAGUCGACCAGAAAAAAUUCCUUCAUUUGUCUGUGAUUUUUUUUUCUACGUGGCUGUUGUAUGGUUGUGUAUUAAAUGUCCACAGCUUUAAUGGAACUUACUUACAAUUAUGAUAUUUAAAAAUGUAUAAAGGAUAUAUUGUAUAUAUUGACCUAUUAAAGUUUCAUUGUCAUGGAUGACUGACUCUCGUUGCCAUGGAGUCUUCUAUCAUUCACCAUCAUCUAGGUAGAAAUAAAAACAUUUCCAUAUGUGUAAAAAUAGAACAAAAACACAAUAAAGUUUGUACAUUAUUUUA